AUGUCAAGUUUGUCCAGUGUCCUACCAACACAAAACCAGUCAAUUGUGGAAAUCAGUAAAAUUUUUGGAAAAGGGGGCUAAAUUUUAGUGAAAAUGGCAUUUAGAACAACUGCUGUUGUACGCAGUGGCCUGAAAAAAUGGGCCUAUAAUCUGUCGGGUUUCAAUAAAUAUGGUCUUUUGAGGGACGAUUUACUUCACGAGACCGAGGACGUGCAAGAGGCACUUCGCCGCAUCCCUGAGCACGUUGUUGAUGAACGCAACUUCCGUCUAGUGCGCGCAAUGCAACUUUCCCUCCAAAAAACCAUUCUCCCCAAAGAGGAAUGGACUAAAUAUGAAGAGGACAAACUCUACCUUACGCCUAUCGUCGAAAAGGUUAAGAAGGAAAGAUUAGAACGCGAGAAUUGGGAAAAAAAUUACUAAAUUGAUUGGUUCUUAGAUUAAGAGUAACUAUUAAUAUUUAAUAAUCAAUAAACUUAGCAUGUUAUAAUUUGGGCAGUUUCU